AAACAAAAAAGAUUGAAAUAACUAUUGGUCUAUCUAAAACCAUGGUUCGCACUUCGCAGUAGUGGAUAGUGUCCGGAUAGUGGUCUUACCUUUAAAACCCGACCCUUACUUUCGAUCUUCUAUUUUAGUUUGAUAGAGACACGUCCGUCUACUUUAAGCGUUUUACGAAUCGGCGUUUCCCUCUUUUCUCCCCCGCUUAUCUUCUCUUCCUGUCCUUUUCAACUCCGUGACUAAAAAAAAAAAAAAAGUAACCUUUACCUACUUUUCUUCUGGGUUUUCGAUAAUCUCUUUUGGGUAUUUGCAAACCCCUCAAAGAUUCUUCCUUUCUCCUUUAAAUCGUCUCUGCUUUGGCUUUGUACUAGCCAUCGCAAUUCAUCAUCAUCUAUUGCAAGUAUCUCCAAGGUUUUGAUUUCCACAAUGGCAACAACUACUCUCAAUGACAGUGUCACCACUACACUUGCUUCAGAGCCUCAAAGGACUUACCAAGUUGUUGUUGCUGCAACUAAAGAAAUGGGUAUUGGUAAAGAUGGGAAAUUGCCAUGGAAUUUGCCAACAGAUCUCAAGUUCUUUAAAGACAUUACUUUGACCACUUCAGAUUCCUCUAAGAAAAAUGCUGUUGUGAUGGGUAGAAAGACUUGGGAGUCUAUUCCCAUUAAGUAUAGGCCGCUUUCGGGUCGGCUUAACGUUGUUCUAACUCGUUCUGGUGGGUUUGAUAUAGCCAACACUGAGAAUGUUGUCACUUGUAGUAGUGUAGAUUCUGCUCUUGAUUUGUUAGCUGCGCCGCCGUAUUGUUUAUCUAUUGAGAGGGUUUUUGUUAUAGGAGGUGGUGACAUAUUGAGGGAAGCAUUGAAUAGGCCUAGUUGUGAUGCUAUCCAUUUAACUGAGAUUGAUACAAGUGUUGACUGUGAUACGUUUAUACCUGCGAUUGAUACUUCUGUUUAUCAGCCUUGGUCUUCAUCGUUUCCAGUAACUGAAAAUGGACUUCGGUUUUGCUUCACGACUUUUGUCCGUGUAAAGAGUUCUGCUGAUGAAUCUUCUGAUGAAAGCAAUGGGUCACAGUCUCUUCAAUUUGAUGGGAAGAAGUUUUUGUUUCUUCCUAAGAUGGUUUUUGAUCAGCAUGAGGAGUUUCUGUAUUUGAAUAUGGUUGAAGAUAUUAUCUCUAAUGGCAAUGUGAAGAAUGAUAGGACCGGGACUGGUACAUUAUCAAAAUUUGGUUGCCAGAUGAAAUUCAAUUUACGCAGAAGUUUUCCACUUCUGACAACAAAGCGAGUUUUCUGGAGAGGUGUUGUUGAGGAACUUCUAUGGUUCAUAAGCGGUUCAACCAAUGCAAAAGUCCUUCAGGAAAAAGGUAUCCAUAUAUGGGAUGGGAAUGCGUCAAGAGAGUAUCUCGAUGGUAUCGGCCUGACAGAGAGAGAGGAAGGCGACCUUGGACCUGUAUACGGAUUUCAAUGGCGACACUUUGGUGCUAAGUACACAGAUAUGCAUGCUGAUUAUACUGGUCAAGGAUUUGAUCAACUUGUAGAUGUAAUUGACAAAAUCAAGAACAAUCCUGAUGAUCGGCGUAUUAUAAUGUCAGCUUGGAAUCCUUCUGAUCUUAAGCUGAUGGCACUUCCUCCAUGCCAUAUGUUUGCACAAGUAAUGCCACUUUAUCUUCUAAUUCUGUUGUUUCUCCUACAAUGAGUUUGAUUACUUUUUUUUUUUUUUUGCAGUUUUAUGUGGCAGAAGGGGAACUCUCAUGUCAAAUGUAUCAGCGUUCAGCAGAUAUGGGCCUUGGUGUGCCGUUUAACAUUGCUUCUUACUCUCUUCUUACUUGCAUGCUGGCUCAUGUGUGUGAUCUUGUUCCUGGUGAUUUUAUCCAUGUUCUUGGGGAUGCUCAUGUAUACAAAACUCACGUGAGGCCUCUGCAAGAGCAACUUCUGAAUCUUCCAAAACCCUUUCCUGUAAUGAAGAUAAACCCGGAGAAGAAACAAAUCGAUUCUUUUGUGGCUUCUGACUUUGACCUCACAGGCUAUGAUCCUCACAAGAAGAUAGAAAUGAAAAUGGCGGUUUAGUUCUCAUCUCUUACUAUAGGAUAUGACCAAAAGGAGACUACCGACAAAUUGAUUGUGUAAAAUUUAUGAUUGAAUCAGAUGAAUGACCAUCAAUGUAUGGACUCAUAUUACCCUUUUGUGGGUGAUAACUUGUCAUAAACAUGUGUUGGAAUCCUCUAGUUCCACAUGGUUCUAGAGCGAUUUAGGAUUUUAUACUUCUUUUAUAUAUUGUUUCCUAUUUCAACUAUCGAAUGAGAACUUUGAUGAUUUUGGCCAAUUUAUGUUCUUUUUGGUUU